AUGUCAUCAUAUUCUGGGGAUGAUAAUCCCUCUGGCCAAACUCGCCCCGCCAGCUCGGCCGCGUGUGAGGCAUGUCGGAAAAUGAAGAUGAGAUGCAUCCGCCCGCAAAGGGAGCAGCAGGGCAACAAAUUGACAGAACCAUGCCAACGAUGUAAGCGUACCAACCGCGAGUGCAAUAUCCCAGAGCCGAGAAAACUUGGGAGAAAGCGUGGUGCUACAGGCCGCUAUCAAGGAUUUGAAAAGGCCUAUCGGAAAAUGCAGUCGGAAUUGAAAAAAGUGAAAACGUCUCGUGUGAACGAGAACGAUGAAAUGCAUAGCUUCGUCGCAAAUGAAGAACCGUUUCUAGGGCUUUUAUCCCCGAACCACCCAGCUGAGACAACCAACCCCGCCCAAACGUCACCAGGGUUAGGGACUGAAGGCUCUUACCGUUCAUGUUCCGAUUCAAAUUUGCCAACUGUACAAGGUGAUGAGCCGUUAGCAAACGUUGUCUGUCCUGCAUUCCGCAGUGGCGAACUCUCUCAGUCCACCCAUGAACCAAUCAGUAAUCCUCUGGCCUUGCUGGCAGACGCAUCCGAUGCCGCCCAGGCUUUGGAGCUGCACUCAAUAUCUGCCAACCCUUCACCGGAAACAAAAAACGCAUCUUCCGUGAACCAGUCGUCGGCCGGUCAGUCAACUGGAGUAAGCCUGGGUCGUCAACUGCUACAUCGGCCAGGUUACGUGUCACUUGGCCUACAACUGGGCAGAGAUACUCUCGAAGCAGGAAUAGAUACCCUGGUCGGCCCUUAUGAACACCCAUACCGCUACUCGAACUAUUUCAAAUCGACUCCACAGGUUCGUCCCCGGGAUGUUGGCCCCGAUGUUGACCCAGUGGACCUUGGUUUGGUGACCAUGGAUGAGGCCUGUUAUUUGUUUCCAGUAUAUUUUACACGUUUGCAUCCAGUCAACGGAAUUCUAGACCCGAUGCUCCACACUCCGGAUUUUGUGCGUUCACGAUCGGCUCUUUUGUUCACCUGGAUACUGGCUUUAACGGCACAAUUCGAUCAUGGAUCGGCAUCAGUCGCCAAACGAUUACGUCUCCAUGGCGAAAAGCUCUCGAAGCACGUUCAUACCAGUGGAUAUAAGUCGGUUGAAAUCGUUCAAGGCUACUAUAUCUCAUUACUAUCAGCCACCCCCGCAGAGUCACUAGCGCAGGAGCGCUCUUGGCUCUACACAAUGUAUGCCUUCGGUGUAGCAGCUGAGCUAGGUCUGGACCAAGAUUCCCGCGCCAAAGACGCAGCCCCUCUGAACUCGAGCAAUGCUUCCUAUACCCGAACACAGGAUGCAGCCCCAACACCACUCCGGGGAAAUGGCUCGUCAUCUUUAUUACUGGAGUACCCUUCAAAAGACCCCACCGAAAAUCAACGCAUGGCGCGAAAUCGCGAGAGAACGUGGCUAAGGAUUCUACUAUGGGAACGGGCGAACAGUGCAGCCUGUGGUAGGAUACAUACUUUCCCGGAAACGGAUUUGACACAAAGCGUCGAUAGCUGGUGGCUCCACUACCUGGCGGACCCAACAGACAAGCACACAUGUGCGUUUAUCACUCUGCGACGCAUUCUAGCAUCGCUACAAAACGAACUCAGGCAUCAAGCUCAUUUGACACAUGCGGAUCCCCAUUGGGUACGAGAAAUGGUUGAUACAAAUCUGAGACCCUGGUGUGACCUUUGGCUAUCACAUCCAAUGCCCAAUUUAGUCACAUCCCCGUCUGAAACGCUGUCCAAUAUUUUCCUCCACUAUGUUUAUCUCCACGGAAGGCUUUGGACAUUGUCAUUCGCUCUUCAUAGUUCCAUAAACGGGGACCAAAAUAUGGAUGCAAUCCGAGCCGAUUGCUUCGAGGCUGCAGUCAAUUCUUGCGAGCUCGCCGUGCGCGAUCUGCAUAAUAUCGGGGAGCCAUUAUAUUGCAUGUUAGCCCCGACUUGGGCUAUGAUAUCCUAUGCUGCCGUUUUGGCUUUGAAGCUAUUCCCCGCCUUGUACGGAUCCCGUGUCGGAAAUGAUGUGGAACUUCUGGCUCUACUCAGCCAAGUUGCCAUUCAAUUAGAGCGUGCAGGCACAACGCCAUCGCAUCGAUUUGGGAUCGCUGCGUUGCUUGGGCAACACCUGAUGAUGAUCCUGAGAGCCAGAGCAGCGGGGCUGAAAGACUCAAAUCAACCUGGACAAGCAAGAACAGAUGUGUUUUACACCAGCACGGGUUCUAAUGAAAGAGUGAGACAGUUUAUGCCACAGAAUUUCCCCCAUUCGAAACCAUACGAGGCUCUCAUUUCAGAUUACGAUCCGUUCUUGACUACAACUUCAAUGUCUACACAGGGAGGUCUAACUGGCGACGGAUUUGCUGACUUCUUCCGGGAAAUGUUCGGGCCUGGAUUUGGGAGUGUCUUUUGA